CAGCUGUUGGGUGUGAAAAAGCAAAAAAGCCAUAGAUUCCUGGCCAGUUUCUGGCAAAGCUACUCAUCUUCAGUGAGAUAAAUGUGGGCCAGUUGGAGCCAAGAGGCACCAAAGAGAAACCAGCUGGAGUCCCAAAACCUACCUGAGCACCAUGGAAUAUAAAGUGAUAAGAUUGGAAAAUUUCCUGAGAUUUGUUGCCAUCUUGCUUAUUUACAUGCAAGUGGCAAGAUCACAAGAAUUUCUGGAAAUUUCAGACAUGAUUGUAGAGUUUGGUUACACAGAGGGACAAACGCAUCAUUUAAGGGAAAAACGAGAUGUGAACACAGUGAAUACCAAUAUGACACAAUACAUGAUAAUCAUAGAGGUGAAUGUGUCACAAGCAAUUUAUGACCAAAUCAGAUUAUCACUGCAGUCUAUGACUUCUUUUCAAAUUGACAACACCACAGAAAUCAACAGCUUUAAUAUUACAACAGUGUGCAGUUUGAAUAAUACUGAAUAUCAGUGCAGGUGUGAGGAUCAGUAUUUCUGGCCAUGUGAAAAGUGCACAAAAUAUGGGUCUUGUAAUAAUGACACCAGUUCCUCAUGUGGCUGCAUCAACGCUUUCCCAAAUGAUGGACAAUUCUGCCAACCAAACACUGAGUUGAUGAAUCCUUCUAUGUGCAUAUCCACAACAACUCCAGUUCCAACAACAACACCAGUUCCAUCAACAACAACACCACCAGCUAAUUAUCUGAUGGAAGUUGAGAUUGAUGCAUUAGAUAUAAUAGUCCUGAAUCAAUUGAGGAACCAAUUGACAGCAUUAAGUUUCCCCAUUACAAUAAGUAAUGUCGAGUUUGUGGAACUUAACAUCACUACAGUGUGCAGUUUGAAUGAUACUGAAUAUCAGUGCAAGUGUGAGGAUCAGUAUUUCUGGCCAUGUGAAAAGUGCACACAAUAUGGGUCUUGUAAUAAUGUCACCAGUUCCUCAUGUGGCUGCAUCAAUGCUUUCCCAAAUGAUGGAUACUUCUGCCAACCAAGCAAUGAGUCGAUGAAUUCUUCUACAUGCAUAUCCACAACAACUCCAGUUCCAACAACAACACCAGUUUCAACAACACCACCAGCUAAUUAUCUGAUGGAAGUUGAGAUUGAUGCAUUAGAUAUAAUAGUCCUGAAUCAAUUAAAGAUUUACUUGACAAGAUUUAGUUUUCCUAUUACAAUAAGUAAUGUCGAGUUUGUGGAACUUAACAUCACUACAGUGUGCAGUUUGAAUGAUACUCAAUAUCAGUGCAAGUGUGAGGAUCAGUAUUUCUGGCCAUGUGAAAAGUGCACACAAUAUGGGUCUUGUAAUAACGUCACCAGGUCCUCAUGUGGCUGCAUCAACGCUUUCCCAAAUGAUGGAUACUUCUGCCAGCCAACCAAUGAGUCCAUGAAUUCUUCUACAUGCAUAUCCACAACAACUCCAGUUCCAACAACAACACCAGUUCCAACAACACCACCAGCUAAUUAUCUAAUGGAAGUCGAGAUUGAUGCAUUAGAUAUAAUAGUCCUGAAUCAAUUAAGGAUUGAAUUGACAAGAUUUAGUUUUCCUAUAACAAUAAGUAAUGUCGAGUUUGUGGAACUUAACAUCACUACAGUGUGCAGUUUGAAUGAUACUGAAUAUCAGUGCAAGUGUGAGGAUCAGUAUUUCUGGCCAUGUGAAAAGUGCACACAAUAUGGGUCUUGUAAUAACGUCACCAGGUCCUCAUGUGGCUGCAUCAACGCUUUCCCAAAUGAUGGAUACUUCUGCCAGCCAACCAAUGAGUCGAUGAAUUCUUCCUCAUGCAUAUCUACAACAACUCCAGUUCCAACAACAACACCAGUUCCAACAACACCACCAGCUAAUUAUCUAAUGGAAGUUGAGAUUGAUGCAUUAGAUAUAAUAGUCCUGAAUCAAUUAAGGAUUGAAUUGACAAGAUUUAGUUUUCCUAUAACAAUAAGUAAUGUCGAGUUUGUGGAACUUAACAUCACUACAGUGUGCAGUUUGAAUGAUACUGAAUAUCAGUGCAAGUGUGAGGAUCAGUAUUUCUGGCCAUGUGAAAAGUGCACACAAUAUGGGUCUUGUAAUAAUGACACCAGUUCCUCAUGUGGCUGCAUCAACGCUUUCCCAAAUGAUGGAUACUUCUGCCAACCAAGCAAUGAGCUGAUGAAUUCUUCUACAUGCAUAUCCACAGCAACUCCAGUUCCAUCAACAACAACACCAGCUAAUUAUCUGAUGGAAGUUGAGAUUGAUGCAUUAGAUAUAAUAGUCCUGAAUCAAUUAAGGAUCGAAUUGAAAAGAUUUAGUUUCCCCAUAACAAUAAGUAAUGUCGAGUUUGUGGAAAUUAACAUCACUACAGUGUGCAGUUUGAAUGAUACUGAAUAUCAGUGCAAGUGUGAGGAUCAGUAUUUCUGGCCAUGUGAAAAGUGCACACAAUAUGGGUCUUGUGAUAAUGACACCAGUUCCUCAUGUGGCUGCAUCAAUGCUUUCCCAAAUGAUGGACAAUUCUGCCAACCAGACACUGAGCUUUUGAGUAACGCGACAUGUCCAGUUGAAAUACGCACAGUUGAUUAUUUGGUUGAGGUUGAGAUUGAUGCAGCAGAUAUAGCAGUCCUGAAUCUACUGAGGAGCAAAUUAACAACCUUCAUUAACUCCAUAAUAGAUAAUAACUUUGACAUCAUGGAAAUUAACAUCACUACAGUAUGCAAUUUGAAUGAUACUAAAUAUCAGUGCAAGUGUGAGGAUCAGUAUUUCUGGCCAUGUGAAAAGUGUACACAAUAUGGGUCUUGUGAUAAUGACACCAGUUCCUCAUGUGGCUGCAUCAACGCUUUCCCAAAUGAUGGAUACUUCUGCCAGCCAAUCACUGAGUUGAUGAAUUCUUCUACAUGCAUAUCCACACCAAAUCCAGCUAAUUAUCUGAUGGAAGUUGAGAUUGAUGCAUUAGAUAUAAUAGUCCUGAAUGAAUUGAGGAUCGAAUUGAAAAGCUUUAAUUUCCCCAUAACAAUAAGUAAUGUCGAGUUUGUGGAAAUUAACAUCACUACAGUGUGCAGUUUGAAUGAUACUGAAUAUCAGUGCAAGUGUGAGGAUCAGUAUUUCUGGCCAUGUGAAAAGUGCACACAAUAUGGGUCUUGUAAUAACGUCACCGGUUCCUCAUGUGGCUGCAUCAACGCUUUCCCAAAUGAUGGACAAUUCUGCCAACCAGACUCUGAGCUCUUGAGUAACGUGACAUGUCCAGUUGAAAUACGCACAGUUGAGUAUCUGGUUGAGGUUGAGAUUGAUGCAGCAGAUAUAGCAGUCCUGAAUCUACUGAGGAGCAAUUUAACAAACUUCAUUAACUCCAUAAUAGAUAAUAACUUUGACAUCAUGGAAAUUAACAUCACUACAGUAUGCAAUUUGAAUGAUACUGAAUAUCAGUGCAAGUGUGAGGAUCAGUAUUUCUGGCCAUGUGAAAAGUGUACACAAUAUGGGUCUUGUGAUAAUGACACCAGUUCCUCAUGUGGCUGCAUCAACGCUUUCCCAAAUGAUGGACACUUCUGCCAGCCAAUCAAUGAGUUAAUGAAUUCUUCUACAUGCAUAUCCACAACAACUCCAGUUCCAUCAACACCACCACCAGCUACUUAUCUGACGGAAGUUGAGAUUGAUGCAUUAGAUAUAAUAGUCCUGAAUCAAUUAAGGAUCGAAUUAGAAAGAUUUAGUUUCCCCAUAACAAUAAGUAAUGUCGAGUUUGUGGAAAUUAACAUCACUACAGUGUGCAGUUUAAAUGAUACUGAAUAUCAGUGCAAGUGUGAGGAUCAGUAUUUCUGGCCAUGUGAAAAGUGCACACAAUAUGGGUCUUGCAAUAACGUCACCAGUUCCUCAUGUGGCUGCAUCAACACUUUCCCAAAUGAUGGACAAUUCUGCCAACCAGACACUGAGCUUUUGAGUAACGUGACAUGUCCAGUAGAAAUACGCACAGUUGAGUAUCUGGUUGAGGUUGAGAUUGAUGCAGCAGAUAUAGCAGUCCUGAAUCUACUGAGGAGCAAUUUAACAAACUUCAUUAUCUCCAUAAUAGAUAAUAACUUUGACAUCAUGGAAAUGAACAUCACUACAGUAUGCAGUUUGAAUGAUACUAAAUAUCAGUGCAAGUGUGAGGAUCAGUAUUUCUGGCCAUGUGAAAAGUGUACACAAUAUGGGUCUUGUGAUAAUGACACCAGUUCCUCAUGUGGCUGCAUCAGCGCUUUCCCAAAUGAUCGAUACUUCUGCCAGCCAUUAAAUGAGUUGAUGAAUUCUUCUACAUGCAUAUCCACACCAACUCCAGCUAAUUAUCUGAUGGAAGUUGAGAUUGAUGCAUUAGAUAUAGUUGUCCUGAAUCAAAUGAGGAUCGAAUUGAAAAGCUUUAAUAUUCCCAUAACAAUAAGUAAUGUCGAGUUUGUGGAAAUUAACAUCACUACAGUGUGCAGUUUGAAUGAUACUGAAUAUCAGUGCAAGUGUGAGGAUCAGUAUUUCUGGCCAUGUGAAAAGUGCACACAAUAUGGGUCUUGUAAUAACGUCACCAGUUCCUCAUGUGGCUGCAUCAACGCUUUCCCAAAUGAUGGAUACUUCUGCCAACCAGACACUGAGCUCUUGAGUAACGCGACAUGUCCAGUUGAAAUACCCACAGUUGAGUAUCUGGUUGAGGUUGAGAUUGAUGCAGCAGAUAUAGCAGUCCUGAAUCUACUGAGGAGCAAUUUAACAAACUUCAUUAACUCCAUAAUAGAUAAUAACUUUGACAUCAUGGAAAUUAACAUCACUACAGUAUGCAGUUUGAAUGAUACUCAAUAUCAGUGCAAGUGUGAGGAUCAGUAUUUCUGGCCAUGUGAAAAGUGUACACAAUAUGGGUCUUGUAAUAAUGACACCAGUUCCUCAUGUGGCUGCAUCAACGCUUUCCCAAAUGAUGGAUACUUCUGCCAGCCAAUCACUGAGUUGAUGAAUUCUUCUACAUGCAUAUCCACCCCAACUCCAGCUUCACCUUUGUUUCAAGUGGGAUCUGGAGCAACAAAACUAUUUCUCAGUGAUGGAAUGUAUGAAACGAUUCAGCUGCAGCAAACAUUCAAUUACGGUGGAAACGCCUACUCUCAAUUCAAUCUGAGUAUGGACGGUUAUGUGGCGUUUUUCAUUCCAAUUAUAAAUGAUGAAUUCCCCAAUCAAAACCUUGGCAAAAACAUCAUUGCGCCACUGUGGACUGAUCUGGACUCUGACAUUGGAGGAAAAUGGACGUACGAGCAGGCCACAAGCGGACCUCUUAUAUCUCAAGCUAACCAAGAAAUUAACAGAACAUUCCCCAAUGUUUCCUUUUCUGCUUCCUGGGUCUUUGUCUCCACCUGGGAAAAUGUACCUGUUGAAUAUUCUUCUUUACAGGGUGCAACACUUCAAGUUGUCUUGGCCUCAGAUGGUGGAAACCUGUCUUUUAUCCUGAUGAACUAUGGAACCAUUCCUUCUAUUCCAUCCCCUUACUGGCUGGCCGGCUAUGGCAGGCAGAACAACAUUUUUGUCAACAUUUCAGUGAACAGUGCCCCUGAGCUGUCUUCCUCUAGUAAUGUCAAUAUUCCUGGUCGCUGGGCGUUUCAAAUUACAGACACUUCAACAACAACAGAACAAACAGCUAAUUAUCUGAUGGAAGUUGAGAUUGAUGCAUUAGAUAUAAUAGUCCUGAAUGAAUUGAGGAUCGAAUUGAAAAGCUUUAAUUUCCCCAUAACAAUAAGUAAUGUCGAGUUUGUGGAAAUUAACAUCACUACAGUAUGCAGUUUGAAUGAUACUAAAUAUCAGUGCAAGUGUGAGGAUCAGUAUUUCUGGCCAUGUGAAAAGUGUACACAAUAUGGGUCUUGUGAUAAUGACACCAGUUCCUCAUGUGGCUGCAUCAGCGCUUUCCCAAAUGAUCGAUACUUCUGCCAGCCAUUAAAUGAGUUGAUGAAUUCUUCUACAUGCAUAUCCACACCAACUCCAGCUUCACCUUUGUUUCAAGUGGGAUCUGGAGCAACAAAACUACUUCUCAGUGAUGGAAUGUAUGAAACGAUUCAGCUGCAGCAAACAUUCAAUUACGGUGGAAACGCCUACUCUCAAUUCAAUCUGAGUAUGGACGGUUAUGUGGCGUUUUUCAUUCCAAUUAUAAAUGAUGAAUUCCCCAAUCAAAACCUUGGCAAAAACAUCAUUGCGCCACUGUGGACUGAUCUGGACUCUGACAUUGGAGGAAAAUGGACGUACGAGCAGGCCACAAGCGGACCUCUUAUAUCUCAAGCUAACCAAGAAAUUAACAGAACGUUCCCUAAUGUUUCCUUUUCUGCUUCCUGGGUCUUUGUCUCCACCUGGGAAAAUGUACCUGUUGAAUAUUCUUCUUCACAGAAUGCAACACUUCAAGUUGUCUUGGCCUCAGAUGGUGGAAACCUGUCUUUCAUCAUGAUGAACUAUGGAACCAUUCCUUCUAUUCCAUCCCCUUACUGGCUGGCCGGCUAUGGCAGGCAGAACAACAUUUUUGUCAACAUUUCAGUGAACAGUGCCCCUGAGCUGUCUUCCUCUAGUAAUGUCAAUAUUCCUGGUCGCUGGGCGUUUCAAAUUACAGACACUUCAACAACAACAGAACAAACAGCUAAUUAUCUGAUGGAAGUUGAGAUUGAUGCAUUAGAUAUAAUAGUCCUGAAUGAAUUGAGGAUCGAAUUGAAAAGCUUUAAUUUCCCCAUAACAAUAAGUAAUGUCGAGUUUGUGGAAAUUAACAUCACUACAGUGUGCAGUUUGAAUGAUACUGAAUAUCAGUGCAAGUGUGAGGAUCAGUAUUUCUGGCCAUGUGAAAAGUGCACACAAUAUGGGUCUUGUAAUAACGUCACCAGUUCCUCAUGUGGCUGCAUCAACGCUUUCCCAAAUGAUGGACAAUUCUGCCAACCAGACACUGAGCUCUUGAGUAACGCGACAUGUCCAGUUGAAAUACGCACAGUUGAGUAUCUGGUUGAGGUUGAGAUUGAUGCAGCAGAUAUAGCAGUUCUGAAUCUACUGAGGAGCAAUUUAACAAACUUCAUUAACUCCAUAAUAGAUAAUAACUUUCACAUCAUGGAAAUUAACAUCACUACAGUAUGCAGUUUGAAUGAUACUAAAUAUCAGUGCAAGUGUGAGGAUCAGUAUUUCUGGCCAUGUGAAAAGUGUACACAAUAUGGGUCUUGUGAUAAUGACACCAGUUCCUCAUGUGGCUGCAUCAACGCUUUCCCAAAUGAUGGAUACUUCUGCCAGCCAAUCACUGAGUUGAUGAAUUCUUCUACAUGCAUAUCCACACCAACUCCAGCUUCACCUUUGUUUCAAGUGGGAUCUGGAGCAACAAAACUACUUCUCAGUGAUGGAAUGUAUGAAACGAUUCAGCUGCAGCAAACAUUCAAUUACGGUGGAAACGCCUACUCUCAAUUCAAUCUGAGUAUGGACGGUUAUGUGGCGUUUUUCAUUCCAAUUAUAAAUGAUGAAUUCCCCAAUCAAAACCUUGGCAAAAACAUCAUUGCGCCACUGUGGACUGAUCUGGACUCUGACAUUGGAGGACAAUGGACGUACGAGCAGGCCACAAGCGGACCUCUUAUAUCUCAAGCUAACCAAGAAAUUAACAGAACGUUCCCUAAUGUUUCCUUUUCUGCUUCCUGGGUCUUUGUCUCCACCUGGGAAAAUGUACCUGUUGAAUAUUCUCCUUCACAGAAUGCAACACUUCAAGUUGUCUUGGCCUCAGAUGGUGGAAACCUGUCUUUCAUCCUGAUGAACUAUGGAACCAUUCCUUCUAUUCCAUCCCCUUACUGGCUGGCCGGCUAUGGCAGGCAGAACAACAUUUUUGUCAACAUUUCAGUGAACAGUGCCCCUGAGCUGUCUUCCUCUAGUAAUGUCAAUAUUCCUGGUCGCUGGGCGUUUCAAAUUACAGACACUUCAACAACAACAGAACCAACAGUUCCAUCAACAACACCAGUUCCAUCAACACCAGAAAAUUUAACAACUACAACACAAACAGUUCCAUCAACAACACCAGAAAAUUCAACAACUACAGUACAAACAGUUCCAUCAUCAACACCAGAAAAUUCAACAAGUACAACACAACCAGUUACAUCAACAACACCAGAAAAUUCAACAACUACAGUACAAACAGUUCCAUCAUCAACACCAGAAAAUUCAACAAGUACAACACAACCAGUUACAUCAACAACACCAGUUCCAUCAACAACACCAGAAAAUUCAACAACUACAGUACAAACAGUUCCAUCAUCAACACCAGAAAAUUCAACAAGUACAACACAACCAGUUACAUCAACAACACCACCAGCAAACAUCACUUCUCCUACUCCUGCUUCUACAACAACUACAACAACUACAGCAACAACCAAACCAUAUUCAACUUUAAGUUUUGCACUAACAAUAAAUGAAACAUUUAAUUUCGCACUCACUGACAAAACUACUGCAAAAUACAAAGACUAUGAUUUAAAAAUAAGGACAUCAGUUGAUAGCAGCUUCAAUACUGUCUCUGGUUAUGUGAAUAAAUCUGCAAGCGUGACUGGCUUCAGAUCUGGCAGCAUCAUCGUAGACUUUACUAUUCAAACAACAAAUACCAGUUUGAAUUUAUUAUCAGUGAGCCAAACCCUUGUUAAAAAUCUCAAAGCUCAGGGAUUAACUGUGAACGAUAAUGCACUCAGCCAAAGUGUGAACGGUGGACUAUACAAAACGACUGGCUAUAUAUAUCCUGGGGAAGAUCUCUUACUGACCUGCAGUCCUCCAGAGAGUAACACCAUAAACUGGUACCUUGGUGACAUUAAACUACAGUCAUCCAACCAAUAUGAAAUUAUUCAAGAUAAACUCACUGUGAAGGAUGCAAGUGACAGUAAAAGUGGUCAGUACAAAUGCAUCACAACAGUAAAUUCUCUGCCCUAUGUUAUCUGGCAAAAUAUUCAAAUUGAGCCAUACCCCGUUAUCCAAGUGACCAGCAACAAAGUUGAAAAAUGUUCGGAUGCAACAAUCACACUGCAGUGUUGUGUUCAGAAGAGCUACCAGGUGCAAUGGAUCUCAGAAUGUAGCAAAACUUCAACAGACUCCCAGACAGGCUGUGAAUUAUGUGACUAUAUAGUUAAACAAACCGAGUGCAAAAAUGCUGACCAAGAAAAACAGUUCAAAUGUCGACUCAGUACUUCCAUCGCCAAAACUAUCGACCCAAAGACCACCAUAAUAAGUUUAAAAAACCAACAAUUUCCCUGCUAUAAUAGUUUUUUUGGAGCUGGAAAUAAUGGAGAUACAGUCAAUGGUUCCUGCAGCAGUGACAAAGAAGGCUAUCAAAUAGCUCAGUGUAUUUCAAAUGUUUGGAACGUCAUAAAUAACCAGUGUGUUCUGCGGGUCUUUGCGAAUUUAUUGGCUGUAGCUGAGGUAUUAAAAGUGGAAAACAUUAAAGAUUUUAUGAGCAACCUCAGCAGUACUGCUGCGUCAGAGAUUGGCAAUAUCACUGACUCUUCGGCAACCAUAGUAACAAUUGUAAAAAUACUCAACAUUGUUUCCAGUCUCUCACAAACUAUUUUUAUUGAUAAACCCAUUAUGGAGAAUUUCCUAAGCACAUCCGAUGUCAUUGGCUCAGACGGUGCACAAGGCCAAUGGAUGCUUAUAAACAAUAACAAUGCAAACAAGAAUAUUAGUUCUGUUCAUCUGGACUCGACUGAAAGCAUUGCCCGUAGACUCACGAAUGAAAGCGUCGACAUAACAACAAACCUCUCUUCUCUCAAUAAACUUUCCGUUACCCCCCCUUUUACUGGAUUAUUUGGAAAAAAAUCAACUACACAAAUAAAUAUUCCAGCAAAUAAUGCACAGAUGUACUUCACAGUCAUUAUUUCUGAAGCUCUUACUAAUAUCUUACCUGUUCGAAAUCUGACCUACAACAACAGCAGUCAAACUGGGACCAGCAUCAAUGGAGAUGUAGCUGUGAUUGAGACAAAUGCAACAAUUGAGGACAUCUUACUUUCUUUUAAUGUCAAAAAUAAGACACUGGGAAGCCCUCAGUGUGUCUAUUGGAACUUCACACUUUUGAAUGGCAUUGGAGGAUGGGACACGACUGGAUGUCAACUAAAACCAGUAGGGAAUGAAACUGGACGAUUCACAUGUGAGUGCAAUCACACAACUUCCUUUUCAAUUCUGAUGUCACCAUUUACCUUAUCUAAAGAACAAACCACAGCCUUAGCCUAUAUAACUUACAUUGGUGUGGCAAUUUCAAUGGCCAGCUUGGUUUUGUGCCUCCUCAUUGAAAUCAUUAUAUGGAAAUCAGUGACAAGAAAUGACACAUCCUACAUGCGCCAUGUGUCCAUAGUCAACAUUGCUGUCUCCCUUCUGAUUGCGAACAUAUGCUUCAUCAUUGGAGCAGCAGUUGUAAAUAAUGGCGAGGGUCCCUGCAGUACAGCAACCUUCUUCAUGCACUUCUUUUAUCUCGCCCUUUUCUUCUGGAUGUUUGUCUCAGCACUCUUGCUCUUCUACCGCACCAUCAUGGUCUUUUCAAGAAUGACCAGAGGAGCAAUGAUGGCCAUAGGCUUCACUGUUGGCUAUGGAGCCCCAUUAAUCAUAGCUGUUGUUACUGUGGCAUCUACAGCUGGGGGCCAUGGAUACAUUCAAAAAGAUUACAAUUGCUGGCUGAACUGGAAUGAAACGAAGGCCCUCCUGGCAUUUGUGAUUCCUGCUCUAACUAUUGUAGCUAUAAACCUCCUGGUGCUUGUUGUGGUUCUGUGUAAGAUGUUGAGGAGAGGAGGUUCAACACAGCCAGAUGAGAAACAUCCUUUAGUGGUCAUUGCUAGAUGUGUGGCGAUUUUAACUCCUCUCUUUGGUCUAACGUGGGGCUUCGGCAUUGGGACCAUGGUGUCACCAAAUUUUGGGAUUCAUGUGGUGUUCGCCUUCCUAAACUCACUGCAGGGUUUCUUUAUUUUGGUGUUUGGAACAUUACUGGAUAGUAAGGUCCGAGAAGCAUUGGCAGGAACGUUCUCACUGAGGAACUUAAGCUCCAAUCGCACUAGGAGUACUAGUGCCGGACCUUCAUCCUCAAGUGGAUUUCCUUUCAUUCAGAGGUUACGGCAAAGAAAUAUGUACAAUGUAUCGAACCCUGGCUUUACAUCAUCUUCAAGCACCAAUGAUGCUGUUGUUUAGAAUGAAGCUAACAAACUGUACCCAUAUUAUAGUUCCCCAUAAGUACCCAUAUUAUGAGUCAAACAUUACAUAAUACAUCUGCAUGAAAAACAUUAAAACACUUUUUGAUUGAAAUUUACAAUAUUAAUAAAUAAGGUAAUCUAAUACAAUGCAAAAUAAGAAAUUAAAUUUGUAAUUGCUUACAAAUAACGAUCUGAAUAAUUGCUUAUAGAGUCAUUAAGCUUAUUCAAUAUACACUAUAUGCCCAAAGGGGACACUAUAUGGCCAAACAUUUUGAAUAUCUGACCAUAACACACUCAUGUCAUUUUCUGACUGUGUUAUUCCAUAUUUACUUCAACGUUGCUGUUAUAAUUGCCUCCACUCACCUGGAAACGUUUUCUACUAGUUACCUCUAGCUAAAAACAACACCCAUCAAUUCACAGUUUGCAAAGAUUCGAAUGGAAUAACUCAAGGGGCUUGUACAGAGCUCUGAACUAAAGCAAACCAAUUCCAAAAGGCCAUUAAUGAUACAAAGCACCAUGCUCACACAUUCUAAUGAAAAAUUUCCUUCAUUCUUUAAAUCUUUCAAAUAAAUCUUUACAUUUUUAAGCAAAUUAUAGUGUAGUAAUUAAAGCUAGAACCUAAAGAAUCUGCAGUUUGAUGGCAUGCAAUUAUUUAAUGUUUUGCAGUUUAUUUGCCCACCCUAUCAAACAAACACACAAAUAUAUGUUUAUAUUGAAAUAAAUGAAUUAUAAAUUGAAAUAAUAAUAAUAAAGUUUAAAUAAUAAUUUUAAAAACUCUCAUACUUUAUAUUGAUUUCUUUCCAACUGGUAUUUUGAUUGUUUUCCUAUUUCAUUAGAUAAUUUUCUAUUAACAAUUUCCUUAUAUUAUUAUUUUGCACACACUGAUUGUUUCUUCAUUAUUUGACCCUUUCUGUUUAAAAACAUCUCAAGGUUGGUUGGAUGUUGUUACUGUUACUGUGUCUGAAAUAAAUCUUACUUUACAAAUGAA